AUGCUGAAGAAGGACAAGGUGCACGCCGAGCGUCUGGCCAAGCUCGCGGCUUCUGCCAACGCCCGCGGCGCUGCCCCCUUGCCCCCGGGCAUGGGCGGUGCUGCCGCUGCUCCGGCUCCCUCGGCUGCUCCCGCGGAGGUAGUCAAGUUCCGUGCCAUCGAGGGCUUCAAGAGCGACGAGGUUGAUUUUGAGAAGGGUGCCACCGUCUUUGUGGUUGGUGAGCCCGAUGCCUCGGGCAUGGUCCAAGCCGUCGCGGGUGGCAAGGCCGGCAAGAUCCCCAUGGACAAGCUCCGCAAGAUCACACACGAACUGCUCGAGGAGGAGCGCAAGCAACGCGAGAAGGAGAUUGCCGAGGCCCGUCAGGCCGAGGAAGACUCGCUGCGUGAGGAGAUGGAAAAGAUGAAGCUCGAGGGCCCGUCCAAGGGCUCUGGUGCCGCGGCGUCGGCAGCAGCGGAGAAGACGCCCGAGCAACUGGCGUACGAGGCUGAGCUUGAGAAGAAGUUUGAGGAAGAGGCAAGUCGCUCGGCCCUGCUGGAAGAGGAAGAGAAGCUCAAGGCCGAGGCAGCACGCAUCGAGGCCAUGCUUGCGGCGCUCGACGAAGAGGAUUAA